GAGCGGGCUGGGUUUGUUUCCCUUCCUUCUCCGGCUUCCCGGGAAGGCGCUGUGCCAAAGCAGGAAUGGCGUUCGCCCGCAGAGCAUGGGGCCAGGACGCCUCCAGCCACCCCGCGCUUGGCGCGGGGCCCACUGUGAGCCCGUUCCUCAGCCUCCUGCUCUCCAUCUCCGCGGGGCUGUCCGAGGCCGAGCUCGACUCCAUGAAGUUCCUCUGCCACGACAAGAUCACGAAGAGGAGGCGCGAGUCUGUGCGGAGCGGCAGGGAGCUCUUCGAGAUCCUGGUGGAGCAGCAGCACAUUGCCAGCGACAACCUGGACUUCCUUAAGAAGCUGCUCGAGAACAUCCGCAGGGGCGAUUUGGUGUCACAGCUGGAGCAGUUCGAGGAGGAAGGAGGGCUUGGUGCUCCUGGUGAUCAACCAGAUGAGCAGGAAAAACGUCUUCUCAAGGUAGCUAAUGAUGUCAUAUGUGAGAACGUUGGGAGGGACUGGAAAAAGCUACUGCGAGAACUUGGCAUGCCAGAAGUGAAACUGGACAGAAUAGAGGCAGACUAUCAAUUUAAAUUGUAUGAGCAGCUUGUCCAGGGACUUCGGGAGUGGCAGAGAUGGAAGGGAAAAGAUGCAAAGGUGGCUGACUUAAUAAAAGCUCUUCGGGGCUGUCACCUGAAUUUGGUGGCAGACUUAGUUGAAGAGAAGAUCUCACAGCUGAACCUGGAGCCAGAUGAAAUCAAUAUCAAAACACUUCCAUGCCCCUCAGAUACAGAUGAAAAAAGCAAAAGUGCCACCUUCUCUUCUGGACCAAAAUACUUAUCACUGGUUGCUUAUUAUGCCAUUAGUUUAGGUGCCUUAGUAAAUUCAUUUCUGGUCACAGGAAAAUUAACAUGAAAACAGAUUCUUUUCAGGUGACACAUUGUAGCAUGAUGUUUUAGCUUUAAGAUCUUUUAGCUUUUAGAAGACCUGAGCACCAUUUUGUAGAAAUUCUCACACUUUUAUUCUGCCACCCACCUGAAAAUAUUUGCUUUACUGCAGGUGCUUUUUGAUACAUCUUGUCUGGAAGUACAUCCAUGGGACACUUCUGAUGCAAUUGCGAUUUAAAAUUUCAUGGGGAGGUUGGAUUUUUUUUUUUCUUAUUAUAAACGUAAUGUGAAAGGGAGAAAGAGUGUCUUAGCUGUGUACUGGGCUUUCCUUCUGAGAAGCAUAAUAUAAUUUGCCAAAUGCAUUUGCUCUCUAUCAAAGGACACUAAGAUGACUGUAACCUCAGACCCCAAGACUGCAGUGCAAGAGGGAUAUUAAAUGUUGUGGUGGCUUUUUCUUGGUAAAAAUAUGCCCAGGUUUGAAAAUGAACUGGUUGAAAUCAGUACUAAGUGUCUUCAUCAUCCUGAAGGAAAUGUUCUCCUGAAACUACCAAAGUUCUGUGUCUCUCAGAUGUUUACAGCAGCCUAUUUUGAAAACCGUGCCUACUUUAACAUCCUUUGCUAGGAUUUCUUUCCUAACCUCUGUCACAGAGGCUGCUCAUGGUUGCUGGAAGGUGCAGCUCAGCUCUUGGUGUACUGUGUCAAAUACCUAGAAAACAAACUGUUUGGAGGGGUGUGAAUAAUUCUAUAUCACAGACUUUUUUCUGGCAAUAUCCUGUGAAGAUCAACUGUCUUUGGCCAGAUCGCAUAGCUCUUCCAAGUCCUCUGCCAUUUUUUUAGUUCGUUUUCAUUGCUUGACAUUUUCUUAAAGUCAUUGUAAGCAACUCACAGGGGGAAGAGGAUUUAUGAACAAGACCAAAUUCAGUUCUCAGGUUUAAUCUGGGACAGACUUCACUAAAUAGCCUUCACACCUGACGUAAGGCUGGAAAAUUUGUACAAGCUUCAAGACAUGCAGAGCUAAAGAGGCCUCUGGGGACCAUCUCCUGUGCCAGGAGGGAGAGUCGUCUGAAAUUGUUAUUGCUUGAAUGAUUGUAGGAUUGUUUGCUACUGCAAACAUCCUCCAAACUGCCUGAAUAGAUAUUUGAAGAGGCUUCUUUUCUGCUACUGUACCUGUGUGACUUUUAGCUCCUUUCUAGUUCUUUUCACGUGGUGCAAUGACUGUGAAGACCAGGUGUCAGCAUGUGACAGGUCACUGCUCUGCAGAAAUGUUGUGACAAUGAUAAUUUUCAAGUUUUUGUUACAGUUGGUGCCUCUUGCUUAAGCAGUGACUCUUGAAUACUUAAUUGUAGUUAAGGAAAACUACUGUGAGUUCACAUGACAGAAAAACAUUUCAUUGUGUUGACAUUUUCAUUUUGUUUUCAUCAAACGUUUUCAUUGUGUUUUUUCCUUAAAUGAUUUUUUCCCCCAUUCCUGCAAGUGUUGAAGGCCGGGUGGGAUGGAACUUGGAGCAACCUGGUCUAGAGGAAGGUGUCCCUGCCCAUGGCAGGGGGUCGAAUGGGAUGACCUUGAAGUUCCCUUGCAACACAAACCAUUCCAUGAUUCUGUGGUGAUUCUCAGUAUCUUCCUAGCUGUGGUAUAUUAAGUAUCGGUGAUUGUAUCCAAGCAUAGGGUAGUCUAGGAGUUUCCACCUGUCUGCAUUUUGGGCCUCAGUUCUCCAAGUACUGAUUCUAAUACUUGUAUCUGUUGCCAAUUCUAGACUCCCAGGAGGAGAUACAGUGCUGUGCUUCAUCUGAAUGACCAACUCAGAUGUUUUGGGGUUUUUUGGCUUAAUAGACACAGCAUUCAUUCUGCAGUACUACAGGAAAUGAUUGCUUCAGACUUUUUUCCUUCUCUGAGCACUCAUUGUGAGCAGAGCGGAGAAAUAAAGUGAACAAGAUGAGUGGUGUGUGUGGUGAAACAGCUCUGCAACAGUUCCAACUUCAAUCUCUCUGGUAACAUGUUUUUCUUACCCAUUUUUAAUAAGUCUUCUGAUUCAUAGAAGAGAGACUGAUCUGGAAUAUGAAAAGUAUACUGACUACUGCAUAGAACAAGAUAUUUUAGGAAUCGAUCAGAUUAAUUUGUUAGUUGUAGCCAAACACUCAUCAGCAACAAGAAAUAUUCUGCCUCAGAAGAUAAAAACUUAUUGUUUUGGUAAGGAUUUGUACUUCAUUAAUGUUUUACUGCAUAUGAAAGCAAUGACCUAGACUGCAUUAAUCUGUGCAGUACCUCAGGGCAAAUUAAAACUGGUUUUAUUAGAGAUUAAAAUGUUUAUAUGAGAACAGAGUCAAAUGAAAAAAGGGAACAAAACCUUUUUUACUGGGAGGAGGGAUGAGGAAAACGGGUGCAAUUUGUAAGGAAAUGUUUUCUGAUCCAGUUACCAAUCUUAUUUUCAAAUUAAGCACCUUGAAUUCAUACAUAGUUUUUAUAGCUUGAAUUGAAGCUUUAUAUUGUAUAAUUUUGUGUACAUUUCAUUAACAAUACUUCCUUAAAAAAAACAAAUGGAACUGUUUUGUUAUUUUAUGGGAUUGCUGUCUGUGAUGAGAUACCUAAUUGGGAGGAGAUAAAUGUUAAGGACACUUACAAACAAGGAGCAGUGCUAAACAGGCAUUAUGUUACCCAUGUCAUCUCGGGAUAUUAAAGAAGAAAAAGCAAAAUGCUUUGUCACUGAAUUUCUCGUAAGUGCUGAACAGGCUGCAGUUUUCCUCAGAGCAAUAGCAUUUAAAUGCUAUCACUCAGAGUAGUGUAAGAAGAAAAAGAUUCUCUGCCAGCCCUUGGGAGCCUAAAAUUGAAUGGCAAUGCAAUGUGUGCAUGGGAAAUGCUGGUAAGGGUGGUGUAUUUGUUUUAUAAUUCAUUAAAAGCAUAGAUUCUGGUUUAUUCUGUUGGUCUAGGAUUUUAGGGGAUGUGUUCAACUGUUAAAUUAAUAGAGUCUUUGGUGUUCUGUGGAUUUUAUCCUGGCACUGAAGUGUCAGCCUGCACUUAGAGAUGUGAAUGACUACAACAAAUAACUUAAUUACCCACUUUAUCCAAUCCUUUAGGAUGCUCUGCAACAGUACCUGUUGCAGGUACCUGUGAGGAAUUACUAAAACUUUUCCCUUUUGGUUUCUUGAGGGGUCUUGUUUCCUUACAGCCUUGAGAAAACAACAUCAAAACAUGUGGAGAGUUUAAUUGUCUAUGCAAAAAGCUUAGUCACACUGUCCCCAAGCUCUCUCAACAUGUUUAAUUCAGGCUUUUUGGUUGCAUAUGUUUCAAUCCAAACUUAAUUCUAAUCACUGUCUUGUGCCUUUCUCAUUCCCUGCAUGAAUCACCUAUGUCCUUAAAAUGUCUUCCAGCACAAAUAUUUUUCUAAGUUGCUUUCCCUCUUUGAUUUAUUGCUUCUUUUCUCUGCCAGUGUUUUGAUUGGAGGGGUGCUCUGGUAGAUUUAUAGAAAGUAGUUCACUAUAUACUAUAAAACCAGGAAUUAUGGGGGUGAGCUGAGGGGUAGGGGGAGGAGUUGUGAGUAAAGAUUCAAGAACUUUUGAAGAAUCUUUGUUUUCGUAAAACUUGUAGCUGAGGGUUGCUUCGUGUGAAGAGGGUGUGUUGCAAUGGGUAGUGGGAAUUGUAGGUUUGGAGACUAGGAAGCCCAGUCUGACUCAUCUGCCGGGAAAGCCAGAGGAAUUCAGGCUUCUGCAUGGGAAUCUGCAUGGAGUAAACUUGGAAGAACUCUUAAUCAUUAAAUAGUCUCAUCCACAAAACUAUUUAUGCUACUGAUUCAUUCCUAAGAGCAUUACACAUGCCUUUCUUAAAGCAGGCUAAAGUUAAACCAGUAGGUUUGCUCUUGUAAAAUAUGAUGAAACAUAAAUAUUUGAAACACCUGAAGUUGGUCAUCCUGAUGGAGUUAAAUUCAGUAAUUCCUGUGAUCUGACAGUUUCGGAAAUUGAAAACUUUUUCAUUUUUUUCCAAAUGUUCUUGUCUGGAUAGCAACUUAGAUUCCCUUUCUUUUAAUUUUUGGAAGAAAAGGGUUGUGCUGUGUUUUGGGCUGGUCACAGUAUUUACAGCAGCUUUCAAAGCAGGCAGCUCUUGUAGCAAACUGAAAGUUUAUCUAUGCACUUUCUAAGACUCUGAAGAGAUUUGUAUAUAAAAAAUAACAAAGAUGUCUUGAGUCUUACAUCUCUGGAACAAUGUAGUAAAUGUAAUUGCUAAGGAAAGCAGCUUAAUCUCUGUCUAAUGCUUCAAAAAGUUGUCAAAUUGGGAUUUUAUUUAUUUCAGAGCAGGUUCUUUUGCUGUGGGAAGUUACACAGGGAUAAAAUUGGACUGUUGUCAUUAAGGAUGUAAAAAACAUCCACCUGGGAUUUUCUGUGGCAGGUGUUUUAUUUACAGAUGAGCCUGGCUUUAUAGAACUUCUACAUAAAGCAAUAAUCUUGCCAUUAAAAAUGCUCAUGAUCUUUUUAAUGCAAAAUUUUCCAUUUCUUAAUUCUGUUAUUCCUAUUGAUCCCACCAGGAGUUUUAACUUCAGAAAAUGAUUUGCAAAAUUUAAUCAGUGAGCACUUCUUACUGGGGUCUUAAAAGGGUUGUAACAGCUAUUCUGCAAGUGUACACACUGUCUGUGGUAAAGAUUUGUCCAAAGGAUAUAUAAAGAUUGAAUUUAUCUACAAAAACUGGUGAUUUUUGUAUGCAAACCUGGUACCAGCUUUUAUAAGCUGUGAGAAAGGUUUAGCAUAAAAAUUUAACUAUAAAAUUUUCCAAUCAUGCCAAUAUGUGAACAAUGGAGCUAAAUCUUAUCUUUGUCUCCCUACCAGUGGUCUCCCUGAGAGGUGCUUCUUGUCAUUUCCAGGCAUACUGCCAAAUUUUGAAAGGAAAAAAUUGCAGAGAAAACAUGAAUUUAAAGGGUGCAGCACCUGGCAGGUCUGGGAUCCACAUCCUAUAUUGUUUAAUUUAUGUUCUGCUCAGUGUAAGCAGAAUUUAGUCAUAACUUCUUGGCUGUCAAGUCCCUAACAUGGGAAAGCCUGGAGAGCCUGAAUUCCCCCCAAAGCCAUUAUUCCCGUGGCAACCAGAGUGCACAGCAGCCAAAUAAUGUUUGGAAGCUGUCACUAAUUGUGAGAUUUGCCUCAGUCUCCGGUCAGUGACCAUGUCAGGAAUCCAAGAUCCGAGUCCAGGGAUGUAAAAUGAAAUUUCUUGAGGAAUUCUCUCCUUUCAGUUCUAUUGCCCACUGGAAUAAGGUGUGUAAGAGAGCAGGGCUGGACACUGAGAAAUUUACUUUUUGUUUCUUCUAACCACCAGUUUAGCAUAUGGUGCUUCCAUUUCUGUAUCCAGCUUGAAUGGUAAAAUUCAAGUGUGUUACUGCAUGUUUGUGCAUGAAGGAGCUAAUAUAUAUGUGGAUGAAUUAAAAUUAAUUAGAGCUAAAACCAACAAAGUGUACAUUUCUAGCAAGGGCUACUUGCAGCUAAGUAAGUUAUUCAUUGUGGACCUGCUCAUAUAAUUUUCUAUAAACCAUGUUCUCCUUUUUACAAAAGAAAAAAUUAAAUACCAGUUUCAUGCUGAAGAACUAAUGUCUCCAUACAGUGUGUGUGAAUCUUUAAAUCAAAAGAUCAAAUUCCACAUCUGGGCCUGUGAAUUUUAAGGGAUAUUAAAUAUUGGGCUGUAUCUUAGAGGACUGUAUUUAUAAGGCACUUCACUCCAUGAAGUAUAUUUUCCCCUUAAUUCCUAGAACUUCAUAGUUAGCAGCACUACAGCCCGGACUCACUCUGAGUUUUUAUUUGUGCAACUAAAUGAGAAAGAACUUAGACCUGAGCAAGAGGCACCCACUUAUCAUGGCUUUGAUUGUAAAAGUAAUUCUGUGGUUGGGAUCCUCAUUUUCCACUCUACAUUCAGUACACAAAUCAAAUGCUGGGGUACAAAGUUGCCCAAGGUGCUUGCCCAAGGUCCCAAAUAAUCUUUGAGCUCCUUGGCUUGUGCUCCCUACAACCACUGUGGGUUAUUAAAAGCAUCUGGAGCAUGGCAUUAGGUAGAUUCUCUCCCUAGGAGUAUCUCCUCCUUUAGCCUCAUUUGGCUUAAAGUGGGAAAGGAUGUGGGAAUUCUCAUCAGAGAGGUAAAUCCUCAGGUCUAGAAUUUCCUCAUUCUUCAGUAUUCAUUUCCACUAGAUAAGAUACUGAGCAGUAUGAAAGGACCAGAUCAUUUCGCAGCUUGAAAGCCAAAGGCAGAUUCCACUUCUGUGAAUUAAGUUUUGCUGAAGUGUCCAGACCAAGUCUCAGGGAAGAUGCCAUCACACAGAGAGCUGAUAUACUUAACCAAAUUUAAUGUCAUUCAACACCUCUGAAAAUCCAGAGCCUACUUUCACACAUAAUGUAAUGCCCUUGUUUAUGCAUUUGCUAGGUUAGCAUUUUUACUGUUUUAUAGGAUAUUAUUAUUAAGGAUACUUGAAUUUAGGUUGAACUGAUUUUUUUAGAGGUGAUUGCUUUAAUAAUGGAUGAUUCCAACAGGCUUGAGCCAUGUCUUCUGCCAGGAGAGGCCUCAGCAGCAAGUCUGAUGUCUAUUGCUCAGGUCUGAGUUGUGGGCAGCUCAGUUUGUUUUGUGAGGGCUGAGAAGUUCCCACAGGCUAAUUCAGAGGAAUUAUAGAGGGAAUUAUGGAGAAAUUAGAUCUCAGUUUCUUGUACUGAAACGGUACCUGAAGUGCCCCAUAGGCUUGUCCCAUUUUCUCCUUUAAAAUGUUACUUUCAUCCCUUAUCUCCUUCCCACAAACUAAUCGCCCGACUCACUAUUAAAUGCUGAGUAAUUAUAACACACAAGCCUGAGGGAAGACAAACUCUCAUUUUCUUGAUGGUUUGAAGAGGACUUUGAGAGCUCUUGAAUCAUCCCUAGUUAUCCAGACAGCCUGUUCCAGUGGGUUUUAAUGCAUUCAAAUAGGAUACAACAACCUCAGCCAUGGAAAAACCGGGCAUGGAUGGAAUUGCCAUGGUGCCUGUCAGCAGGUCGGGGAGUAUCCUGUUUUUUGAAACAUUAUCAUGUCAGAUGUUACAGCAGCAGUAGCAGCUUCCUGGUUUGUUGGGGUUUUUUUCCAUGUGAAGAGAAGUAACAGGGAGCUGCUGGCCAAAGACUGCUGCCAGCUUCUCUCGUUAUUUUGGUACUACAAAGGUGGCAUUAUUAAAGGCAGACCAAACUGAACCCUAGGAGCUGAAAAACCCUUCCUUUGUGCACUUGGAAACCCAGUUAAGAGCUAACUGGUGUCUCUGUAUGGGAGGUUUUCUGCAGCACUUUGGCUGCAGGCUGAGACAGGUAUGAGAUGCCGUUUCCAUAAGCACUGAAAAUUGGGAAUCAAGAACCAUCCUCAUUGCUCCUAGUGGACAUCCUCACCUUUCUGCAGAACAUUGCUGAAUUUUGUACCUAAAAAUUUAAAUGGGCACUGUAGAUUUUGGCUGGCAUAAAAUUUGAUGAUUCUGUUUGCAGCAAAAUUCUGGCACUGCAGAACUUUUCAUUGUAUGACUCAUACUGAAUAUUCCCCUUAUUAACUGAAUAUCCACAGCUGUGUAGCAUAAAUGCUGAAUCUUUAUGCAAGGAAACAUUACUGUUGUAUAUAGCUUCAAGAUAUAUUAAAAUCAAACUGGUGCCUUGUUAUUUUGGUGAAAGUAAACUGUACAUUUAAUUACAGGAGAGAAAGAAAGUAUUGGACAUGAAAAUUAUGUGCCUCCCAAAUCCUGAUAUGCUUGUGUAUGUGUAUAUAUACAUACCUGUGUGUGUGUACAGUGAGUGCAUCCAUAUGCUUACAUACACACACACCUUGAUAUAAUCUGGAAAACAAGACUUUCCUGACAGGGCUAUUUCUCAAUAUUUCUUCUCAAACUUAAGCAUAUCACUCACCUGCUGAAUACUACCUAUGUAAUGAAAUAUAUCACUGUGGCAAUCUCCUAGUUUUGUUAGAAACAAAGGUGGUAUUUCUGGCUCAAAACUAAUUCAGAGCCAGCUGCUGAAUCUCCAAGAUCAGCCAGAGCAGAAGUGAUUUUAAGCCAUUGUUUUAUUCAUAUAGAUUUAAAUGCAAGAAUUGGCUUAAUUCCUGGUUUACAUUAGAGCAGUUCCUGUAAUUUUCAGCAACCUGUGAUGCUGAAAUUAACCUUCUGUUCUCUUCCAUGUUACUUCUGCUUUUGCCCGCAGCAACUGUAGACACAAAGGAAAUUAUUUAACUGUGCAGCUUAGAAAUUAUAUACCUGAAAAAGGGAAUGGAAUAAUCCUUUUUCGUUCUGCAGGUGCUUUUAUGGGACAUUUAAAUGAUUACAGCAGAAGGCAGGUGAGUCCCUGCCACUUCAGUCUUUGGCUUCACGGGUAAAAAGUACAAAGAAGGAAUUAAUGCCAAGUUUCUGGAUGGCUUUUGUGGCAAGGGCAUCAGUUCACUAGACUGAAACUGCCAAAUUACUCUCACUUUGGCCAGACUGAAUAUUUCACCUUUGGGCAUGAAGAAAUGUUAAUGAUUCCUGGAAGUCUUAGGCAUUGUUAUUUAAAGUUGGUCAAGAGACAAAGGGAAGGUGUAAGUUUAUUUGGAUUUGUGAGGGGAUGUGACCUGUGUUUGGAGCACUGAAUGAUUGAGUGUGGCAAGAAAGGAAACAGUGACAGAUGUUCCUGUGGCUCUUUGCUCAAAAGUGUAAGUGUGUUGUGGGAACUCAGCUCCCAGGUCUGAGCUAGAACCCGUUCCUGAGUCAAUAUUUAUGUUGACUCUUUUCAGUGUGAAUUACAAUGCAAACAUGACCUAGUCAAAGGGACUUCAAUAUGAACUGUGCUCAGGAGAACGGGGAAUUUAGCUUUGAAAUAAAUCAUUUGCCUUGUUUUUUAUGGCACUGAUGAACAAUAUCAGGUCUGCUGGUUUUUUUUAUGUUAUGAGUUAUUCCCUUUUAUAUCUUACACGUGUUACUGUCACUUCAUUUAAGGAUUAACUUUAGACCAUGACAAGGUUUUUUUCAGCUGUUGUCCACCUUCCUAGAAAUAAGGAUUUCUUAACCAAGAACAGGGAGAGGACCAUCUUUCAUACCUUUUUCUCCUGGUUUGGGGUGUUUGGUUGGUUGGUUGGUUUGGGGUUUUUUCUUUUUUUUUUUCAGAGAUAUGUGCCAUGUAAUCUUACUUUCAGCAGCUAGAUUAUAAAUUAUUUUUUAUUUAGUAACUGCCAGCCUUAAUGAAUUGUAGUUUGACAAAGGCUGUGUAAAGACCUCCGUACAAAGGAAAAAGGCAUUCAGGCCUUGGGAAAAGGGGAAAAGAACACUUGAGUGACUAAGAGUAUUAUCUGGCACAGCACAGGGGCAAACCUUUUUGUUGGUAGCUGAGUCAAAAGACUACACAUGGAGACCUUAAUGGCAGCUGAGCUCCAAACCUCAGGUGGAGAUAAAGACAUUCCUGUAGGAUGCCUGAACUUGGAGUGACCCACAGGGAUGGGGUCAAGCAGCACAACCUGCAUAUGAACAGACAUAUGAAGUCUGAUUCCAGUUAGAAUUCGCAGUAUGAGCUGGGGUGUUUGUGCUUAGCUUCAGUUUCCAAUGUAAGUCCUGCUCAGUAGUAGAUACGUGAAUCUGGACAGCUCUUGCUAUUUGUUUUCUGAAAGGGGAUGCAGAGAUUGACCACUUCGGUUGUAUAACUGACCAAUUGCUAUUGAAGUUCAGGAGCAUUAGGUAUUCCCUCUGGAAGAUGUAAGCAUUGUACAUGUUGAUUAGUAACAUUGAUGGAGGAGACUUUACUAAAGUAUACUGCCUUUUCAGCAAAGGUAUGCUGUGCAUGUUGAUUGCACUGGAUACCCUAAACUUUUAAUUCCAUGGGCAUUUAUCUGUUUUUAAAUAUUUCAUGUGCUCUCUGACCAUAAGUUUUACAGAGACGAUUUCUGUGUAAAGGGAAGGUAAAUUUGGCCAGAUUUGUAACAGACAUUCUGCCCAUGGCAAGCCAAGAAAGGACAUGAGGCCUCAUUGUGUUUUUAUUCAUUGUUAAAAAAGAAUCUUCGAUAAGAACUUAGGCACCCGAAACACAUUAAUCUCAAAACCAGGAUAUCUUAGAAGCACUAAAAUUAUAAUUUCAGACAGGAACCCUGAAACUGCCUCACUUUAAGGGCAAUUUGAGUCCAACAGUAGGGAUAACCCAUACACAACGCAAAGGCAGCUCCCAUUCCUGUUGACUUUGGAGAGGGUGCUACUGGCACCCUGCCCUCUCCGUGAGGCACUCCUGGAUUUCCCCUUAACUCACAUCUCACCUGGGUUGUGUGCUGCAUGCUCUGGGUUUAUACAUUUGCAAGGAAUUUUUCUCUAAGUCAUGGUGUUUCUUCAAAAGCCAAGGAUGAGACCACUGGCAGCUUUUACAUGUUGACAGGCAUGAGGGAGCUUUCAGUUGUAUAAUUAUAUUUGCUAGUGGCACAUCAGAGCAGAGCAAACUUUGUGGUGCAGCUACAAUGCUGAAGGGUAAGGACACAUCAAUACAGAAGCAAGCGUGGGGAAGGAAUUUAUUUUAAAAGAAGCCCCACUUACUGUAUUUCCAUUAUUUUUCUUAAUAUUUAUUUCAAGUUGACUUGAGCACUGUUCCCAAAAGUUUUGGGUUUUCCCUCUGGCAAACGCAGGGCCGCUUUUUCUAAAGCAUUUUCUGUUUUCCCUGAAGGUUUUCUUCUGACUCUGACUGCUUUUAAAUGUCACUCUGCUGCUUAAGGCUCCUGAUAGGUGGUCUCAGCUGAAUGUUUACUAUCAUAUGGCUUAUACCUCUACUUAUUUUCCAUGUUACAUUGUGACCUAGUAACCUUCUUCUCCAAAUGCCAAAGGUGAAAUUUAGUUUUAAAUGGCUUGGUUGCCUAGGCAGAAUUGCUAUUAAUCAGAACAGGAAAUAUUACCGGGAAAUGAACUUUGAUAGCAAUUUAAAGCACUGUAUCUAUUGGCAGACUAUUUCACCUGAGCCUUAGGUUUACUUUGAAACUGUUUUGUGUGAAACACAUUGUUGCCAUUGCAAGUGUUCAUAGUUUUAAAAAUUUUUAUUUGCUGCAAUUUGUUUUAUGACUUCAUUUUGAGACCAUGUUGGUUUUCAGUCACCGUCUCAGCCAAUUCAUUUCAUCAAAUUAAUAUUUUCAGUGAAUACCGUGAAGACAGUGAGGAGUUCUAAAAUGGUGAAAAUAAACAUUUAACUCAUACAUAAACUGGUGAUUCACUGAAAGUGUUAUUUACAUUUUCAUUUGCCUAUAAGGUGAAGUUGGUUGCACAGAAAAAUCAUGUUGCCUUGUUUGCACACUUAGGAUUUGGGACUAAUACCUUCCUAAUGUUACACAAUACAAUGUGCCACUGAAUAAUAAAGGCACUGAUUGCUGCAUACAAUUUUGUGCAAGUAAUGAAAGAUAUGUUAUCACUUGAAAUCUGAUCAGUUAAGAAUUAAAAAUAGGCUUAAGUGCUAUUUGAGAUUGUCGUGGUUUUGCCCACCAGCCAACCCUUGGGGCUGAGGAUGGUUUUGUCCAGGUGGAUUUCUGGAGAAAAACAGUCAAUCAAAAGUUUAGUAACACCUCUGCCAAUGACAUUUUUUAAAAAAUGGAAGAGAAUCCUGUGGUGCAGUUGAAAUUAGGAGCAGUAGCCAUGUAGGAGUGGUGGCAGGCCCCAAGGAGGGCCAGGGCCCCCUCCUCCCCUGGCCCUGGGCCGGGGACAGGCACUGAAGCCCCCCUUCUCUCCUGUAAUAAAGUAGAGAAGAAAAACUUUAGAGAAGGACUGAGUGCUCGGAUGUAAAAUGCUGCAGAAGAAUUCCAGGCAGAGAUAAUGAAGUAUUCAAGGCCAAAGCUGGCAGCUGCAGGAGAGAGAAGUUCGAAGGGGAGGGUUGCUUUUCCCCCCUCUCUCGCUCGCUCUCUCUCCCUUCAGCAGGGAAAAGACUGAAAAAUAAAACCCUGCCACUUGUGGAAGUUUGUUGGGGUGAGGAGACCCCCAUGCUGCUUGUGGAGGAGCCUACACUGGAGUAAGUUGAUACACGAGAAGGCUGAGACUUUAUGGGAGACCUGAGGUGAAACAGAGUCCUGCUGGAGGCUUGUAGGCCAUGGACAGAGACUUACGCCGGAGCAGAACGGCUCGGGUAAGAUGUUGGGAUCCGAGUGAGGGAUCCAUGCUGGUGCUGGAGAUUUGUGACCCUGAGAGAGACGAGACCUACACUGGAGCAAGAAUGGCUCAGGUAGGAUGUUUGGAUCCAAGUGAGGGGUCCAUGUCGGAGAGGUCUAUCAAGGAUUGUUCUCCCGUGGGAAGGGAUCCCAUAGGAAACAGGGGUGGACUCAAAAACCCAUUAUCCCCUGUGACCCUGUGGUGAAGAUCCAUGGUAGUCAAGUGUCCCCUUGCAGUCCAUGGAAGAGAAGACCUUCAGGGCCUGGAUAGCCCCUAGCCUCCAGUCUCAGCCCAGGAGGGGGUAGGCCCAGCCCUGAGGCCGACAUACAAGAGAGAGAGAUAGAGUUCCAGCUGCAACGAAAAGGAGUUGUCAUCCUGGAGAAUAACAGAAGAAGAGCUUUAGAGUGCUGCAGAGUUACUGAAAACACUGGAGCUCCAAAAAUGGAGAGACUGCUUCUCCUCCUUGAACUGAUACAAAGGGCGGGAGGAGUAUUUCUGUAAAUAUAUAGUACUUUUACCUAAUUAGAAUUAUUGUAGAUUUAGUUCUUUAGUUUUUGUCUUGCUCCCUAAUAUUAUUCUCCCAAAUCAGGUCUCUUUUGUCUGCAUAAACAUUCUCUCAAUUUAUAGUAAUUGUGUGGAGGGGUGAGAAAAAUUGACCCAGAGCAAAACCACAACAGAGAUCUCUUUAUUUUUUAAAUGCUUUUAUGUAUUUUAUUACAGGAUGAAGGACUAAUAAUAGAGGAUCCUGAGUAUAUAGAAAUCACAGGCCACUUUGCUUAGUGUCUACUUGAAACAGUAGAAGCCUUUGCAUAGCAGAUAAAGAGGAAAAAAAAAACCUGUUUUUUUCCUUCAAACUCUGAUUUACAGAAACAGAAGUAUUACUACACAUGCAAAUAAUUUUUACUGUAGUCAGACUAUUUAUAAAGUUUACUACAUACAUUAUUAAAAUAAUACAAUCUCUCAAUUUUAUAUUUCUCUUACCAGGUCUCAAAACACUCUGAAAGAUGAAGCCUCAAUUUUGACGUGAUCCACCUAGAAACCAAUUCCUGUUCUCUCUUGGAGUCUCGUGAAGUAAACAGGUGGUUUUGAGGUGCGAGGAGUGGGGAGAUAUUUAACCUGGGUCUCUGAACUGAUUAUUCUGCUGCCAGCUGAUUGCUAGGUGUCAAUAUGUUGUGUUUACAAAUUAAUCCAUGUCAUCCAGUCAUAAAUCUGCAGGAACUGCGGUUUUUUGGCAUAACACGCCUUUCUCUGCGUAAGUGGUCCUUGAUUUCAGAGCUUUCCACUAUUAAAGCAACAACAGGGUCCAAAAUGCAAAUUCAUGGUGGUGACACAAAUAGAAGAAAGCUUUGCCAACAAACUUCAGCUUCAUGCACGUGCAUGGUACAGGCUCCAGUAACAGAGUAAAAGCUUCAUAAAUGCAAGUGGGAAAACAUUUUUAUGCUGUUUUGGAAAUAGUCUGCAUGGGAAAAAAUAACAGUGCUUUUGCCAAUGUAACCAAACCCAGCUUCCUGUGGAGAAUAGGCUACGUCAGUGAAGACACCCCUUACUGAGAUGUGUUGGGGACCUGGUGGCUCUGCUUCACAGAAUCACAGAAUCAUUUAGGUUGGAAAUUACCUCUGAGAUCAAGUCCAAUCUGUCCCCACCUCGUCAACCAGACUAUGGCAUUGAGUGCCAGAUCCAGUCUUUAGUUAAACACCUCCAGGGAUGGUGACUCCACCACCUCCCUGGGCAGCCCGUUCCAAUGUUUAAUGACCCUUCCCGUGAAGAAAUUCUUCCUGAUGUCCAACCUAAACCUCUCCUGGUGCAGCUAAAGACCAUGUCCUCUUGUCCUGUCACUUGUUCCCUGGGAGACAAACCCCCACCUGCCUACAACUUCCAUUCAGGGAGUUGCAGAGAGUCCCCUUUGAGCCUCCUUUUCUCCAGGUUGAGCCUCUCCAGCUCCCUCAACCACUCCUGGUGCUCCAGACCUUUCCCCAGCUUCAUUCCCUUCUCUGGACUCGCUCCAGCCCCUCAAUGUCCUUCCUGAAUUGAGGGGCCCAGAACUGGACACAGGACUCACUGAAGUGAUGGGAGUGACUUGAACAUGCGGGAGUGGACUGAUUGACAGCAGGCUGAACAUGAGCCAGCAGUGUGCCCAGGUGGCCAAAAAGGCCAAUGGCACCUGGCCUGUAUCAGGAAUAGUGUGGCCAGCAGGAGCAGGGAAGUGAUUCUUCCCCUGUACUCAGCACUGGUGAGGCUGCAACUUAAGUGCUGUGUCCAGUUCUGGGCCUCUCAAUUUAGGAAGGAUGUUGAGGUGCUGGAGUGAGUCCAGAGAAGGGCAACGAGGCUGGUGAAGGAUCUGGAGCACAAGUCCUACGAGGAGUGGCUGAGGGAGCUGGGGUGGUUUAGCCUGGAGAAGAGGAGGCUCAGGGGAGACUCAUCACUCUCUGCAACUCUCUGAAAGGAGGUUGGAGCCAGGUAAGGGUCGGUGUCUUCCACUACUCAACCAGCAGUAGCACAAAAGGACACAAGUUUCACUGGAGGAGGUUUAGGCUGGACAUUAGGAAGAAUUUCUUCACAGGAAUGACUGGGCAUUGGAACGGGCUGCCCAGGGAGGUGGUGGAGUCACCACCCCUGUAGGUGUUUAAGGAAAGACUGGAUGUGGCACUUGGUGCCAUGGUCUGGUUGACAAGGUAGUGUUGGGUCAUAGGUUGGACUUGAUGACCCCAGAGGUCUUUUCCAACCAGUUGAUUCUGUGAUUCUGAGCAGGGCAGAGCGCACAGGCCAAGGCCGAGAGGGCACAGUGAGGCAACGGGAGCGGGUUAGGACAAUGGGACCCAUCCCCGGCUUCCCCUCUGUAAUAAGUAGUAGUAGUUAAAUUUACUCAUCAAAUUAGUAAUAGUAGUUUACUCAUUAAAUUGUAGUGCAUGUUAUAUUCUUAUAUAUAUAUGUUAUUAUAAUCACUGUUCUGUUACGGUUAGGAGACUCUAAGUUGUAGAAUAGUUCAUUCAUCUAUCAGCAUUGUAAACUGAUAAGCAUGCAGCUUGCAGUUUUUAAGCUAGAAAGACAAACUAUUGUACCUUGUUAAGUAAAUGUUUUUGUAUCUUAUUUUUCUAAAAAGCUUAUUGUCUCCCAACACGCAUAAAGUAACAAAAGGAAAGACAAGGAUGGAAGGGUCAGGAACUGAAACGAUACAGAGUAUCCAAGACGGACAGCUGGAGAUGCCUGUACAGGUCUAGGGUCUGAUUGGAACUAUGGAGGAGAAAGCACCUGGCAACUGAGACGAGCCCGCAGAAAAGCCAACGAGAACCAGACCUGCAAGCUCGGAUCCAAUAGGGGGACAAAAGUAACAAUGGGAGGGGAAUUGAUAAGGGAAUAAAAGUUACUGGUUUUGCCUACUGCGCUUGCGCGCCGCGAGUGGAGCAGGAGUCUCCCCGGCCGCCCGGCAUGCUGUUUUGGUUUUGCUUAUUUGCCUUUUCUAUAAAUCUUCAAUAAAUUUUUAUUACUAUA